AGAGCGACCGAGGCCUCCCGGCUGCGCAGGAGGGAGUGAGGACGACGGGGAGAGGGCUUCCGCCCCGCUGUGGGCGUUGACGGAGGGCCGGCGGCCUGCGGGGCUGCGUCGCCUCCAGGGAACGGUGGAGGAGGCCGGGCCGCCGGGAAGAUGACUGUCCAGUGGACGGCGGUUGCCGCCUUCCUGUACGGCGAGGUGGGAGUGCUGCUCGUGCUGUGCCUUCCGUUCAUCUCCCCGCUGAGAUGGCAGAAGAUUUUUAUGAUUCCUCUAUGGAGCAAAAUGGCUGUCUUUUGGAACAAAAUGUUCCUCACAAUAAUAGUUCUACUGAUCAUCUUGUUUCUUGAUGCUGUUAGAGAAGUUAAAAAGUACUCAGCCAUUCAGCUGAACGAGAAGGUUGCAAAUGUCAAUGCCAAUGCCAUUGAUCAUAUUCAGAUGAAACUCUUCCGGUCACAAAGAAACCUUUAUAUCUCAGGUUUUUCCUUAUUUCUGUGGCUUGUUUUGAGGCGUACUGUUACCCUUCUUACUCAGUUGGCAAAAGGCAUGGCAUCUCAUGCAGCUCUGGAAACGCAAGUAAACGACGCGACUGAAGCAGCCAAAAAAUACAUGGCUGAGAAUGAAAGGCUACAGGAGGCUCUGAAUGAAAAAGGAAGUGGCGAAAAUAAAGAGAUGGCGGAAACAACUAAUGGAAUGUUGAGGAAGGAAAUUGGACAAUUGAAAGCGGAGUUACAGAAGACAUCAAAUGCUCUCCACAAGGCGAAUAAUGAAGUGGCAGCAGUUAAAAAGCAGUCUGAAGGCCUUAGAAGAGAAUAUGACCAUCUGAUGAAAGAGUACGAACGACUUCAGAAUGCUUCAAGUGAAGCAGAAGACAAGAAGGACCUGUAAGUGUGCCUCGGGCAGAUGGCAUUGGUAUAAUUGUUUCAGUGUGAAAAGCCUCAUGCUGCUUAGGCUCCUGAUGUGCAUCUGAAACAAAGCUUGAUUUUUCUGAGAAGCCACAUGCACUGCUGGUCACAAUCCAGAUUCCACUAACAUAUCUUGGCUGCCAGUAUAUUAUUUGUUUGAAAUAAAAUGUUCAGUGGCUUACCAGGUCUACCAUGGAGUUUGUCACUGCUCUUGAGGGGAAAAAACAUGAAAAUCUUUCAGUUCCACCUGGAGCAACUGAUCUCCAAACCCUCACCUUCCAAAAUGGUAAAAAUUAGUGCACCAUUUGCUUGUAACAUUUGAGUGGGAUUGUAUGUCAUGCUGAAUGACUUAGAAAAAACAAUUACCUAAACAAAUGUCAUCUGCAACACCUUGUUGGAAUCUUCAAAAGUACCUGUACCAGUGGACUGAAGAAGCUGUUCAUCAAUCAUUCACUUUCCAUGGAAAACUGAAUGACAAUCAAUCUAAAGAAAGUAACUAAAGGAAGUAUUUUUAAAUCCAUCCUGCUAGCUUCUGACUUUCACUUAGCUGCACGGAUGAGCAUAUUGUAACAAAUGAUAUUUUGCGUUACUCUGGCUUAUUUUUCUUCCAUUUAUGGGGUUACACCAGUUUGCAUAACCAAAGUUUUGAAUUGGUUGUUAUUAAUAUUCUGUAUUUUUACACUGUUUACAUAUGUUUACUCAGUACAUGCCACCUAACUGCUUCUGCCUUGCUAAAAGUUCUUUUAAAAUGUUGGAGGAUAGUUGUGUUGGUUUGGUUUCUUUUUUUUGUUUUCAUGAACACAAUACCUCAGAAUAAAUGUGCACUGUUCUGCAUAUGCCCUCUUUGGCAUUCUGAAAGUUGAGGCUUUUUUGUUAGUUGGUUCCAAUUUGUAUUUCAAAGUUGGAUAUGUUUGUUAUAUUAAAGAGAUUGCUGAA